UGGAGUCUGUGACGGUGGGGGUGAAUAAAAAUAGACACCCCUCCUCCUCACCCACUUGAAGGAGAGUUCAUGAACAAGUGGUGCAUCACAGUUUUAAUUCGUCAAGCACGUCUAUGGGAGAGGAACUGCAGGCGGUUGUAGAUGACUGCAAUGCAAGGAGGUGUGAAAACGAGCUGCAUCAAUGGAUCUGACGGUAAACACAACCGACGACCAAAGACAGUUACCAUCUGUUCUCCCAGAGUCUCAAAUCAGCCAGGACUCUGGCUAUUUUUCUCUUUUGGGAGGCUUCUUGGAUCCAUUGGAACCCUCGCUACCCCUGCCACCUCACCUGUCUCACGGCCUUACCUCGGCCACAUCUGAGAUUUACACUGAAUCCACUCUGGAGAGUUUUAGGGCCUCCGGCCUCAGCUCUGGCCACCGUCAAACCGCCUAUCUGAGAUCCUUGUCGGAUAGCUCGGAGACCGACUCGUCUACGGACCCCAUGUCGGACUUGUACAUCUUUGAAAAAGAGACACAGGACUUCAUCCUGAGUUCAACUAGCCAGGGGAUUAAAGUAGAUAAUAACCAUGACGACUCUCCCGUUACAGUAUGUGAUUCAGCCAAGAGCGUGACACAUAGUAAUGCCACAAACAAGGGCUGGUUGAUGUUGGAGUCUGGUCUCGAGCCACCUGCUGAGGUCACCCGGAUCACCCCGCGAGGACCGAGAAGCACCAGUCCUGCAGAGCUGUGGGCGGACGCACGGCAGUAUCCUGAUAACACGGAUGCUUUGGCUGCCUCCACUUCAAGCGACUUAUCUUUGGAAGAGAUCUGGGUGUCCGGUUACGGCAGUGACGGGAUUGGCUGGGGAAGGGAUGACACCAGAGGUUGGGGGCCGCCGGUGGAGAGGUGGUCCUCAGUGGAGAGCUGGGCCAGCGCACUCUCAGACUGGAACGUCAUCGGGACACCGGCACAGGAGCUCACAGCCGCCUUCUCAGAGAUAGGAGCUGAGAUAGACGCCCUGACUGAAGCGUUAGCGGACAUUAAGCCCUAUCGCGAGACAGAAAGAGGGAUGGGAGUCCAGGAUCAGCCGGUGGGACAAACCAUCCAAGAGGAAUCCAUCCAGUGUGGGCAGCGAUGCUUUGCUUUCCAACCACAGAUGGGAGACGAUGUGCAAUCUCUUGGUGACUCACCAGCUAAUAACCAAAAGGAACAAGAGGGAAUCCCUGAAGACAAUUUUGUACAAGAGAACCCAUCCUUGGUUUCAUGUGGCGAUGACAUGGAUCACCUCAUCGCUGCAUGGACUCCCAAAGAGGAUGUGGACCUUCCUCAGUUGGUUCAGUUUUUAGUUACAGAAGAAGACAAGAUCGUACUGAAGAUAGUGGAGGAUGCAGAUGUAGCGGAACAACCUGCUGAGAUGACAAAUGAACAGCUGUUGGGAGAUGGGGUGUUUCAGGUGACAGAGGAUCACAGCGCCCCCCAGCCUGACUGUCUACCUAAUCAGGGCGCAGAUCUCAACAGCGGUUCAACCGACGUCGACUGUAAUGGAUUCAGACUUUCCGUGGAAGAUACAAUGAAGCCUCGCGUGCCAGCGUUCAACAGUGGCAGACACGCAUUGGGUGACACUCUGAAGGAACCUCAUAAAGAGCGCCAGGUGCGCCCACAGGGGCGUUGCCCCACCUUUAUUGUGCCCGUAGCUCCUCUUGAGAUCAGCUCUGCCCUAGAGUAUCGCAGGAGCAGCUUGGAAGGAGAUCAAAUGAGGGUUUUUAAUGAUGACCAUGCACGAACGUGGACUCUUUGGCCACUCUGCGACAAGGCAGCUACCGACGAGGGGGUUCACGAACUCUGUAAAGAACUUUCUAACUGGACUGUCAUCCCUGAGAAGAACCACACCAUUCUGGAUGACCUGCAUGUCUCCAAGACAGCCAAACCAAACAAUCAUGCGGCAGUGAGUAAACCGAAACCCAAUCAUGGGGCAUCAGUAAAGAUGCCCCACAAAAGUGAAGGCAAACCUCGCUGCAAGAAAGACACAGAACACAAUCACAGCACUCUUGCUCCCAAGAAGCUGGAGAACUCGGUUCACCUCACAACCAGCAGACAAAAAGAAACCACGAUAAAUCCCAGCAGUCAGCUUGUUGAAGAGAAGACCAUGGUAAUCGAGACUGCCAAGGUGCACGGCAAGAAGAAAAAGAAACACCACCACAACGCAACUGGGGUGAAGACAGCAGCCGAACCUACGGGCGAGACAGAGAAUAGCGCAAAAGUGAAGGGUGCUAAAGGACGGAUCGAAAUGUUUGAGGCCAAGACCAAACAAGCCAAAGCCCACAAGGACGCAGAGACCCCAGAAGCUGUGGACAAAAAGCACCCAGAAGCUUUGAAACCGUCACAGGGAGAACACGGUCCGCAUGACACAAAACACAUAAACACCCACAGUGCGACUAAUGACGAUAUCGUUAAAAAACGACGCCUGUCCAAGGAUAAGUUUGGAAAACUUUUGGACUUGAAGCCGAGUUUCUCCGCUCAGAUGAAGGCGGCGGAGGGACCAAAUACAAAUGUCAGAGCACUUAAUAAGAAGGCGUCCAGCGAAGUGGUCAAACACAAACCAAGUAUACCCAAAGAAGAGCCGAAGGUGAUGCAGCCCAUCCAAGCGGCAUCCGUCGGUGGGGACCCCCAAAGUCUGAAUCUGUGGUGUCAGUUCGCUGCCGUCUCCUGCGAGCACACCAUCACCUGGAGGCAAGAGGCUGCUCUCCUGGUAGAGGUCAAGCGAAGUGCAGGGGACGAGAAUCGAGUGUCCUUGACCAUCCUUCAUGCCUCCCACAAAGACCUGGGAAAGUACCAGUGUUGUCUCAGCAGCUCGCAAGGCUCCAUCACACUGGACUACCUGCUCACUUAUGAAGUGCUCCGUGAGAUUGUCAUCCCUCCAUCUCCAAACCUUACGUCCGGCGCAGUCGAGGCGGGUGUCGAGGCGGAGGAAGUCGAGUGUUCCCAGCUGCUGUUCAAAGAGGACUUCCUGUCCAAGCAGUACUUUGGCGAGAACCAGCCCAUCAGCAUAGUCACAGAGAAGGCCCACUUCGGCGAGGGCAUGCACCGGCGGGCAUUUCGCACCAGGCUGCGCAGGGGUGGGGUGCCGCUGCUACUGGCGGGACCCUCGUGCGUGCUCAAGGUGCACAACGCCAUCAGCUAUGGGACCAAGAACAAUGACGACCUCGUUAAAAGGAACUUCUCCUUGGCUGUGGAGGAGUGUCACGUUCAGAACACGGCCCGGGAGUACAUCAAGGAGUAUUCCACCGCCGCCAAGUCCGUCGACGCCUUCGGAGAAGUCCCAGAGAUCAUUCCCAUCUACCUGGUUCACCGGCCGUCCAGCGACAUCCCGUACGCCACACUGGAGGAGGAGCUGAUCGGCGACUUUGUCAAGUAUUCGGUGAAGGACGGCAAGGAGAUCAACCUGAUGAGACGGGACUCCGAGGCGGGACGCAAGUGUUGCACCUUCCAGCACUGGGUGUACCAACGGACGGACGGAAAUCUGCUGGUUACUGACAUCCAAGGCGUUGGAAUGAAGCUCACCGACGUGGGAAUAGCAACGUGUAAGAAAGGCUACAAGGGCUUCAAGGGCAACUGCGCCACCUCCUUCAUCGACCAGUUCAAAGUGCUGCACCAAUGCAACGUGUACUGCGAGAUCCUGGGCCUCGCGUCCCUGCAGCCUAAGGCGACCAAAAAGGUCGCCUGCGCACUCAGAAGCAAACCUCAACCUUCAGCUGGACCCAAAAAGAAAACGUUUGGGCCGACUCUAAAGGCCAAGUCCUAACAGUAGGAGGGGUUUGGACUUGACGUGUUGAACUGUGAUGUCUUACAUUGACUUUCUUUUCUUUUUUACUUUCUUGAUGUUUCCAAUCAUGUAUGUUCAUUAAAUUAAUGAACUAGUUAACUUAACUUAUUGGAGUUUUUGACUACGAAAUCGAGUAGAGGACAUAUUGUUAUUGAUGGAUUCAGUGUGAAUGUUUUUAUUUGUACAGCAAUCGUGCGACUAUCGCUAUUUUGUCGAUUUUGAUUGUUGUUGCAGUUAUUGCAGUGUAUUACAGACAAGCAUUUCCGCCAUCCCUUUAGGGCAGGACUUUCAUCACACACAUGACAUUUGGUCCAGAUCUGAGCGCAUUGAGUUGACUUGGAAUUAAUGAUUUAUGGCGAGUCAUUAAGCUUUAACACCAAUGACAAAAACGCUCACCGCUCACAAUGUUUGCCCAACUCUCUAGUAUGUGCAGUUCAAAUUUGGUUGGAAAUUUGUUUCAAAAUUGGACAAAAUCUCUCAGAAACGUCUGUCUCUGAAGGACACCUAUGGCCAAAAUCACCAGAAUGCCCACUUCAAGUAAAACGGUAGACUUCCUGUUUCUUUUUGGACAUGGGUUCUUGAGAUUUUUUAUUACCAGCCUUGACGUAAUCCAUUAAGUAUAAAUAAAUGCGCAACAAUACAAGCUUU